GUAUUAAUAGAUUUUAUUCGGCAGUUUUUCGCAGGCACGCGAAUAGAAGAGGAAACUUUGGACUAUGUUGCACAUUUUUGUCAAACUGAAGAAUUUUGUAGGUUUAUAGCUGAAAAAGUUUUAGUUUCAUCCGUAUGGGCCGAGUAUAAACCACGACGUGGGCCGUAUUUGAGAACAUUAAAAUACAUCAUAAAUCAUUUAGAAGAGAAAGGAAUUGAAGUGUAUGAUAAAAUUUACUAUGCAUAUUUGAAUGUACAGUUUAAUAGUACUAAUCAUUAUUGCCACAGAAUAUUUUUAAAUAGAGAUUUGAGCAGAUUUAUUGCUCUAAAAGAAGAAGAAGCGCAGUUAUCAAAAGGAACUACUGGCUUAUGUUGUUGGCAAAGUGCUUGUCAUUUAGCUCAUUAUUUUCUGGGCAAAGGCUCUAAUUCAGUGCGUGGUAAACAUGUUCUCGAAUUAGGAGCAGGAUGUGGUCUAGUCGGUAUUGCCUUAGCUAUAGCAGGAUUAGCUAAAAGUAUCACCAUCAGUGAUGGAAAUGCCGAUGUAUUUAAAUUGCUUAAGCAUAACAUUUCUACAAACUUAUCAAAUGUAGGUUUUUUGAUUUAUGGAUUAACAAAUUAA